CGUGGAAAUUUUAUGGUUUAUACAUCAUUCAGUGCUAGUCCUCGGUGCGGUGCAGAUUUAGUUUGAACUAACGAUUUUUGGUGCGAGUUUUCGUAUUUACCGGGAACAGAAGCCGUGCGGUGUUUGGAAUAAGUGCAAUAUGGCCUUCAAGUAUGUAGUGUUUGCCUCCUGUCUGGUGGCUUUCGCCGCUGCCUAUCCGGGCGGUUAUGAAGACUACUACGGUGGAGCAGAACAGGAAGUGGAACACGACCAGCAUCAGUAUGGACAGAUCGCGCGAAUUUCGCUGGGAGACGGCGGUCACGGACACCACGAGUAUGCGCACCACGAGGAUGAGCACGUUGAUUAUUAUGCCCCACCAAAGUACGCCUUCAAGUACGGAGUGAACGACUUCCAUACCGGUGACGUUAAGAGCCAGCACGAAACCCGCGACGGCGAUGUCGUCAAGGGUCAGUACUCCCUGGUGGAACCGGACGGUUCGGUGCGCACCGUUGACUACACUGCCGACAAGCACAGCGGGUUCAACGCCGUCGUGCACAAGACUGCUCCGGUUGCCCACCACCACGGUGGCGAUCACUACUAAGACAGGUCCUAACGUCGAACUGUGUAGGCUGUAGGCUGCGACUUUUUGCCUUUUCUUACCAAAAAAUAGUCACCACGGGAAGUAUUCCUCGGGCGCCAUGAUACGGAUACUCUCUAACAAUCUACCGUCGGAUCAACCUUUAAAGCCCAGUCCGCCUUCAAAAUUGCUCGAUUCCGCCGGAUCGUGUAACGCCUUUGACGAUCUGCGUUCGUUGUUUUGAACUGUGAUACCCCCUGUUGUUAUUUGUUAUUUUGUUAAACGUUAUUUUGGCACAUCGAGGUUUCCGCUCCAUGCUUCAUAGUGGCAUUGCAACCGCCGAUAGACGCAUACGAAUGGAAACGAUAAAAUUUGAAUAAAGUAGCUACUUAACGAACGGAAAAUUCAAAGGCGUAAAACGAUCGGGGAAAGCCGAUAACAUUUUUUCCACGUAUGGCGUUAUGUAAAUAAAUAAUUACCCGCUACCAGCCCAGUUCGGGAAACGCCAGUUGAAAACCAGUCCCAAUAACGUAAACCAACAUCGUUUUUCCUGGUAAGAGCGAUAGUUUCUUAAAAUGGACUCCAUUACGAGAAACUCGCUUCCUCGAUUGAGAUAUAACCGGGUGAUAAACGAUGCCUGCACUAAGAACUGGUCCCAACUCCAUUAAACCAACGUGGACAAACAGGAAACAUCAAAAUGGAAAUCUAUCAACGUUACAUCGCCAGCAUUUCCCACCGCCAACAAGAGAUGUUUCACAGGUGAUGCAAUGAUUCUUCCUGACCAGCCGUCGCCGCAGCAGCAAUUUUUUGCUGCCCUUGUUAUCGUGCAGUUGGUGGAACGUGCAGAAAUGCGGACUGACUUCUUUCUUUCCAUUCCAACUAUGUACUGUCUUCAAACUAAAGAGACUGAUCAUGCUUUUCCAACAACGUGAUUACUUUCGCUUACUUAGCUCCAUCCAUCUCCGUUCCGUUUCAGUUUCAUCGGUAGCAGAAAGCAAAAACUUGUUACUUUGUAUUUAUGUUGAUAUAUAUUUUUUACAUUAGACGUCGGAACAUAUUUCUUUUUGUCUGUUAAUUGAUAGGCUAAUAUCGUUAUGCUAUAACUAGUUAAGUAAGAAUAAUAGAGGAGAGCAAACGUGUGAAGUAAAUGUUGCGAGAAAAUAAAGAUGAAAUAAAAAAUACUAAAACAGA